AUGAAGCCUCUGUCAAAACUUGAAAUGCAGUGUGAAGAGCAUUUUAAGAAAACUCACACUCGAAACACUGACGGUCGAUAUGAGGUUCGCCUACCCUUCAAGGACGAAGACGCUCCAAAUUUAGGCAACUCCAGACAACUUGCUUUGAAACGCUUACAUCAGAUGGAGAAUAAGUUUAAGCGAAGACCCGAGUUUCACGAAGAAUACAGCAAGUUCAUGAGACAAUAUGAGUCACUCGGUCACAUGGAGGUCGUCCCUGAAACAGAGAAGAUGAAUAGAGCUUAUUACUUACCACAUCAUGCUGUUAUUCGUGCCUCGAACCUCACUACAAAGUUGCGCGUAGUUUUUGACGGAAGCGCUAAGCCUGUAGACGGAAACUCACUUAACGAUGAGCUACUCAUCGGCCCACCGCUGCAACAAGAUAUACGAGAUUUAGUAACACGGUGGAGACAACAUAAGUACUGCCUAGUAGCUGAUAUACAACACAUGUACCGACAGAUACUUAUUUCAAAGCAAGACACUGAUUACCAGAGAAUCUUGUGGCGCGAGUCAUCGGAAGACCCGAUUAGAGAAUAUCGGUUACUUACCAUCACAUAUGUCAGUUCAUGUGCUCCAUAUCUUGCUAUAAGGACACUUCAUAAACUUGCAGAGGACGAACGUGGAGAGUUUCCUGAAGCUGAACUUCUAAAAACUGAUCUCUAUAUGGACGAUUUGAUGACGGGCUCAUCUACAGAAGAAGACACUCAACGGCUUCAACGUCGCUUAACUGAACUGUUUAAGCGUGGCGGUUUUCUUCUACACAAGUGGUCGUCUAAUAGUGAAACGGUUUACCUUUGA